AUGUGGAAGACAAUCCUGCAAGUCCUAGCACUUCUGGCCUGUGCCCUGGGGGAGGAAGAUGGCUCCUGCAUCCUCCAGAAGAGGAAGCACGUGAAUUCGCAUGCGCAGCUGGACCUCAAAACCGAGAACUUCUGCGGCGGAGAGCCGAAUGAGCUCACCUUCGAUAGCUUCAGCCACGGCGACGAGAUCAUGCCGGACUCGAUCCCCGGCGUCACCAUCGUCGCCACCCGCCGCGCCACGGCGCCGCAGCCGGGGCACGCCAAGAACUGCUCCGGGCCUUUGUUGAUCUUGGACACCCGCCAUCCCGACUUCCGCAGCUUCGACAAGGACUUGCAGAAAUGUGAGAAUUGCACCCUCAUGCUUUGGUCCAAGGACGGCAACCGGAAGAAGGUCAACGACUGCGGCGAGCAUCCGGGCGUAGCCAUCAGCUUCAAGUAUGAGGAGUUGCAGAACUUGCUGGACAUUGAGCUCUGGGACAUGGAGGAGCCCACUCACAUCGAGAUGUACGGUGCCGACGGUGAGCUGCUCAAGAACGUCUCCGCUCCGGACGGUCCCGAGCAGGACGGCAACGCAGCAGUCGUCGGGCUGUUUACCGAGGGUGUGAAGGAGAUGAUCGUGUACAUGGGCGGCUCUGGAGCGGUCCGCAAGAUCCGGGCGUGCAAGCCAGAAGAGCCCUUUUGCCCAGGGCCGCCCGGCGAGCUCACCUUCAACAGCUUCAGCCACGGCGACGAGAUCGAGCCGGACUCCAUCAAGGGCGUGACCAUCGUCGCCACCCGCCGUGCCACGGCACCGCAGCCGGGCCACCCCAAGAACUGCUCCGGGCCCUUGUUGAUCUUGGACACCCGCCAUCCCGACUUCCGCAGCUUCGACAAGGACCUCAAGAAUUGCACGAAUUGCACCCUCAUGCUUUGGUCCAAGGACGGCAAUCGGAAGAAGGUCAACGACUGCGGUGAGCAUCCGGGCGUAGCUAUCAGCUUUAAGUUCAAGAAGUUGCAGAGUCUAGUGGACAUUGAGCUCUGGGACAUGGAGGAGCCGAGCUACGUCGAGAUGUACGGUCCUGACGACACGCUGCUCAAGAACGUCUCCGCCCCGGACGGUCCCGAACAGGACGGCAACCCGGCGGUGGUCGAACUCCUGACCGAGGGUGUGAAGGAGAUGAUCGUGUACAUGGGCGGCUCUGGAGCAGUGCGCAGGAUAAGGGCCUGUAAGGCUCCGGGCAGUGUUGUUGGCGACCCGCACAUCUACACCCUGGAUGGCGACAAGUUCGACUUCUAUCAGAAUGGGACUUUUUCGGUGUUCCACUACACUGGCCAGAAGCUGCCGCACCCCACGAACGAGAACGCUACCGUGGAUUGGCAGCUCUACUCCCACUACGGUGGGCCGUUCUGGACCGCACAGGGCGUGCUCCUCGUGGACCGCUCCAUGGGCUCCAUGAGACAAGCCCUAGAGCUGACCUCCAAGGACUGCCAGUGGUACAAGAGAACUGGCAAGAGCUGGUUCCCGGUCAAGCGCAGGAGCCUCCUCACCUUCACGGACAGCGAGAGCCACAAGGCCCUGACCAUGUUCGAGCACGUGCAUGAGAAGAAGAUCGUGCUGAAGAUGAGGACCGAGACAGGCUGGAAGGAUACCUUGGUGCUGAACACGGUGUGCAAGCCUAGCGGCAUCAACAUGCGCAUCUCCAUGCCCGACAUGGGCGAGAGCCGUUUCCUGGAGGGCCAAAUCGAGGUGGGCAACGGCGAGGAGCAGAAGAAGUUCAUGAGGAAGCAGAACUGGACCGCUUUGGGGGGCAGCGGCCCUGCGGCGAACUUCAUCCAGCAGCUGGAUUCCAAGAGAGGCUUGUCCCUGCUAGCUGCUUGCGGCCAGGCGGAGAGAGCCAAAGCCAAGCAGCUCUGUGCAAAACAUCUGGGAGACGAGCUGCGAGCAGCACAGGGAGAGGCUGUGGACCUCCUGAACGACUGCGUGAACGACGUCUGCCGGGGCGGGGAGGAGUUCGCCGUGGCCGCCCAGGAGCUUCUAACGGCAUACAGAGAGUAG